AAUUGAUUGUGCAGUGCUCGGAUGUUCGACCUUUGUCUUAAUUCACUUGCAAAAUUCUCGUGCUUAAAUAUCUAGUGUACAUUUCAAGAUAAAUGCGAAAAAGUAUUUUUGUUGGAUUAACGAAAUAUAUGCACUGUGGUUUGUUCGUGACGUAACUGGAUUUCAAUGUUCUCGUGAAUAACUGUACGUUGACCGCAACAAUUGAGCGUAGAUGGUUUGUGCAACAUUGCGAACUGAAUUUUGACAUGAUGUGGGAAGCGGAAUCGGAGUCGGGGUCGCAGAGUGCUUCGUCAGACGGGCUGCGGCGACGGCAAGGAUGGGACCCCGAUGCCGUGAGUUUGGCCUCCCAGAUGGACGAACUGGACGAGGUACUAGCGGAGGAGGAGGAAGGCUGUCCCCUUCCCUCUACGCCCGAAGAUCAACAUCUUCUCGACGCAGAAAUGACGGAAGUGCUAAAAGCUGGUGUUCUGUCGGAUGAGAUCGACCUCGGUGCUCUUGCCCACAACGCCGCCGAACAGGCCGAAGAAUUCGUCCGAAAAGUUUGGGAAGCCUCGUGGAACGUAUGCCAUUUCAGGCACCUCCCGCGCUGGCUGCAGGACAACGACUAUUUACACAAAGGACAUAGGCCGCCCCUACCCUCAUUCAGCGCGUGUUUCGCCUCCAUCUUUCGCAUCCAUACAGAAACUGGCAAUAUUUGGACCCACCUGCUGGGCUGUGUAGCCUUUAUUGGUGUGGCUAUCUACUUUUUAUCACGCCCUGCCAUUGAGAUCCAAAUGCAAGAGAAAAUGAUAUUUGGAGUGUUCUUUGUGGGCGCUAUAGUGUGCCUUGGCUUCUCAUUCGCAUACCACACCUUGUACUGUCACUCGGAGAUGGUAGGAAAGCUGUUUUCUAAGCUAGACUAUUGUGGGAUUGCCCUUCUUAUAAUGGGCUCAUUUGUCCCUUGGCUCUACUACAGUUUCUAUUGUCACUACAGACCAAAAAUUAUUUACCUCUCUGUAGUGAUAGUUUUAGGAAUUUUGUCAAUAAUAGUGUCCCUGUGGGAUAGAUUUUCCGAGCCCCGAUUACGCCCUCUUCGAGCAGGUGUAUUUAUGGGGUUUGGGCUCUCAGGCAUAGUGCCAGCUAUACACUAUGGAGUCACUGAGGGUUGGUUCAGUCAGGUGAGCAAGGCCUCACUGGGUUGGUUGGUUCUCAUGGGCCUACUCUACAUCUUGGGUGCUAUGUUCUACGCCCUAAGAGUACCUGAAAGGUGGUUUCCAGGGAAGUGUGACAUCUGGUUCCAGUCUCAUCAAAUAUUCCAUGUUCUAGUGAUUGUGGCUGCGUUUGUGCACUACCAUGGUAUUAGUGAACUGGCCUCAUACCGAGUAACGGUGGGUGAAUGCUCCAUGCCCCCGUCUUCUAUUGCAUUCUAGCCCCUCCCAGAACCAAAAUGUGAUAGUAGACCAUAGAUAAAUUUUAAUAGUUAACAAACAUUCAAAGGCUUCAUUUUAUGAUUUAAAAUUUUGUUUCUGAUGCAUUUUUGGUGAUUAAUAUUUUAACAACACUUACAAUAUGUUAAAUAUAUACAUACUUGAAUAGAACCAAAUGAGGCUGAUAAGAAUAACAAUGUUUGGUAAUAUUAAAUUUAAUACCCCGCUACAUUUCAGCUCAGGGAGACUAAGUUUAGGCCAAAUUGAAUCUUGUGGAAUUUUGUAAAGCCUUCAAUUACUUGUUGAGAAGGGACUAUGAUAAAAUAGGAAAAAAUUCCCGAGAUUCCAAUGAAUAAACCUUAGUUACUACAUGGCUCCUUUAUUUAUUUAAAAUUAGGGUUACAAAUUAAGAAGUAGACACG